GAGCGGCGGGAGCGGAGCAUGGCAGCGCUGGCGGCCGCCUCCCCCGGCGGGGACGAGUGUCUGGAGGAGGAUGAGGAUGAGCUGGAGCCGGGGCUGGACGAGGCGGAGGCCGAGCCGGAGGUCGGGAGCGGCGCGAAGGCGGCGGGGGCGGCCCGGGGGGCGCUGCUGACCCGCAGGGGCAUCACCCUGAGGGUCCUGCUCCGAGACGGGCUCCUGGAGCCGGGCAGGGGCGUCCUGUCCAUCUACUACCUGGGCAAGAAGUUCGUGGGGGACCUGGGCUCGGACGGGACCAUCACGUGGCAGGAGACGGGGCAGGUGUUCAACUCACCGAGCGCCUGGGCCACGCACUGCAAGCGCCUGGUGAACCCCGCCAAGAAGUCGGGCUGCGGCUGGGCGUCCGUGCGCUACAAGGGCCAGAAGCUGGACCAGUACAAGGCCGCGUGGCUGCGCAAGCACCAGCCCAACGUGCCGCCCCCCGAGGAGAGCUUGGCCAGCGAGGGCGAGGAGGAGGAGCUGCCCGAGGAGGAGGAGGAGGAGGCGGCGAGGGAGGGUCGGGUGGCGGCGCCGGAGCCGGCGGCUCCCAAAAAGCCGGAGGAGAGGAGCAAGAAGCAGCAGGGCAAGAGCCUGGCGGAGCCGGCGGGGACGGAUCCCGGGAAGAGGCUGGAGAUGAAACCCCGGGUGCCCGUCCGCUACUGCACCCUGGGCACCCGCGACUCGGCCAGGAACCCCCAGACCCUGGUGGAGGUGACGUCCUUUGCCGCCAUCAACAAAUUCCAGCCCUUCAACGUGGCCAUCUCCAGCAACGUGCUGCUGCUCCUGGAUUUCCACAGCCACCUGACGCGGAGCGAAGUGGUGGGGUACCUGGGGGGGCGGUGGGACACCAACACCCAGCUGCUGACGGUGCUUCGAGCCUUCCCGUGCCGGACCCGCCUGGGCGACGCCGAAGCCGCGGGCGCUGUGGAGGAGGAGAUCUGCCAGAGCCUGUUCCUGCGGGGGCUGUCGCUGGUGGGGUGGUACCACAGCCACCCCUUCGGGCCCGCGCUGCCGUCCCUGCACGACAUCGACGCGCAGAUGGAUUACCAGCUCAAGCUGCAGGGCAGCGGCAACGGCUUCCAGCCCUGCCUGGGGCUCAUCUGCGGGCCCUUCUACCACGGCAACCCCGGCGCGGAGUCCAAAAUCGCGCCCUUCUGGGUGAUGCCGCCGCCAGAGCAACGGCCCAACGACUACGGGAUCCCCAUGGAGGUGGAGGUCACCUACAUCCAGGACGGGUUCCUCACCAACGACGUCGUGCAGGAGAUGACGCUGCUGGUGGAGUUCUAUAAGGGAGCCCCCGACCUGGUGAAGUUCCAGGAGCUGUGGAGUCAGGACCAGACCUACCUGGACAAGCUGAAGGGCUCCCUGGCCUCCCGCACCCCCAAAGACCAGAGCUUCACCCACGUCCUGGAGCAGAUCUUCAGCCUGCUCAGGCUCAGCGGGUGAGGGCCCGGGGCUCCUCGACUCGGACCAGGCGCCUCCCGCAGCCCGGGCGGGGCUCGCAGCCCCGGGGCUCUCCCGGCCCCGGCUCGGGGCAGCUCCCGGAGCUCCCCGCGACCCCCCGGCCCCGCCCUGCCCCGGGGGCGGCCGUGCCGGGGGGGACUCCGUGGGUCAGUGGUUUGUGGAAGUGGUAGUUUGA